UUCCGCCCCGUCCCUUCCCUCCGUUGCCCGCCCGGUUCCGCCCGCUCCCUUCCCCGGCAGCCGCCGCCAUGGAGGACGCGCUGAAACGAGCGCUCGGCACGACGCUGCUGCGCCCGACCGGGCACACGGGGAGCGGCUGCAUCAGCCAGGGCCGCAGCUACGACACGGACCAGGGCCGGCUGUUCGUGAAGACCAACUUCCAGUCGGAGGCCAGAAGAAUGUUUGAGGGAGAAAUGGCAAGCCUGGAAGCCAUCCUGAAAACAAAGACAAUAAAAGUGCCUCAACCCAUGAAAAUCUUUGACCUCACUGGGGGCCUUACUGCGUUUGUGAUGGAGCAUUUGGACAUGCGAAGCCUGAACAGACACUCAGCACUGCUUGGAAGUCAGCUGGCUGAUCUUCACCUUACUAACCAGAAACUUGGAGAGAAGCUGAAGAAAGAAGGGAGCAUAGUUGGUAAAGGUCAAGGGCAAUCAGAACUCCAGUUUGUGGACCAGUUUGGCUUUCAUACAGUUACCUGCUGUGGGUAUCUUCCACAGGUGAACGACUGGCAGAGCGACUGGGUGGCCUUCUUUGCUAGACAGAGGAUCCAGCCCCAGAUGGACAUGAUUGAAAAGAAAUCAGGUGACAAAGAAGCAAGAGAACUUUGGUCACAGCUUCAGCUGAAGAUACCCAGUUUUUUCACUGGUGUGGAAAUCGUUCCUGCCCUCCUGCAUGGGGAUCUCUGGGGAGGAAACGUAGCUGAGGAUGAAUCUGGUCCAAUUAUCUUUGAUCCAGCUUCUUUCUACGGCCAUUCAGAGUACGAGCUUGCAAUAGCUGGCAUGUUUGGUGGCUUCAGCAGUUCUUUCUAUUCUGCUUAUCACAGUAAAAUCCCCAGAGCUGCAGGGUUUGAGAAGCGCCUGAAGCUUUACCAGCUGUUCCACUACAUGAACCACUGGAACCAUUUUGGGACAGGCUACAGAGGCUCUUCAUUAAACAUUAUGAGAAACCUUGUAAAGUAAAUUACUGCUCAAGCCAAAUAUUUCUUGUGUUGUUUGGAGAGCCCCAUACUUGGUGGUGCAGCUGCAGGAGUAGUGAUGUUAAAAACAACCUGUGAGACCCUUGACCUUGUUAAAGACCUAGAGCCAGUGUCUCCUGCUGAAUACCAAGUGUAAAAUAGUCAUCCCUUUUUAGGAUAGCUGGGGAUAACUCCACAAGGGAAAAAACUAAGGAAGGAGUGAAUUUGCACAGUGAAUUAAGGUCUCAGUGUCCAGAAUGCAUGUGAGACUGUUCUACAAUUUUAGAUGCCUAAAAGUUGCUCACUGCAUUUUGCUGUGUCUUCCUCCCUCUUUGAGCUCUUCGUGUCCAGUUGUGUGCAUGAGAGCAACAUUAACAACAGAGCGUGAAAGUCCAGGAGAUUUUUGUAACAGGAACUGUGAGAGGGGAUUUGGACUUGCUAAUCAUUUUCACAGAAUCAGAGUGAGUGAGGCUGGGGGGGAAUCACAGAAUGCCAUCUAGUCCAACCUCCCCGCCUAAGCAGAUUAUUUAGGAUUGGGUCCAGAGGCUUUUUAAGAGCCCUCCAGAGUUCUGCUGAUUGAUUCCAUUGGAUGCAGACUGUGGAUGCCUCCUGGAGUUGUUGUAGGCUGUUCUGAGCUUCAAUAUCCACAGCAAUUCUGCUUCCACCAGAACUAGUUCUCUUCCUUUUUGGGUCAUGCUUUUGUCGUGGGCAUUCGGAGAGAACUUUCCAGGUAAGACACUUUGCACGUACACACCUUGUGGAGGUGUGUUCUCUAAUGAAAUAAAACCUGCACAUGAAUGACUAAAAUCAGUCAAAAUGUACCUAAUAAUGAAACAAUGUCAGUUGGCACUUUGUGUUUUCCACACCCACAAAGACGACUAUAAAAAUAUUACUUAAAAGGGGAAGGAGGUCAGGGGAGACUCCUGGGAUGGCUCACAAGCUGUAACCCUCUGCUUCUCCACAGGAAUGCCUAUCAGUUAAUUUUAUUCUAAGGGGAUACUACUGCUUGUGCUUUCUGAUAAUCCACAAUAGUUUAUGAACCUUAUUCUGGCACAAGGAUCAGUAAAGCACAGCAUUUGUGUCACAGGGACCACAAAUGUGCCCAGUGCAAAGCUGCACUGUUUGUACACCUGUGCUGGUGAGAGUUCCAAUGCAGGCUUGGAGUGCUGCACUGUUCACAAUAUUCUGUGUAAAGGUCUCAGACACGCCAGGAAGGGGAAGGUGUAGACACCUCUGGGCUCAGUACUUGUCUGGAUAGCCUGGAAAGCAAGGGAAUCUUCCUUUCCUAAACUGACCUGGCAGUUCCCACCAAGUGCAAGCUGUGGCUGUUGUGGUAAGAGACAAGAAACCAAAGGAAGGUGACAUGUAACUGCCAGAGCAGCUCUUGACCCUGUCAGACGCCCUUGGAGAUAGUUCCAGACUGUGGCUGUAACCCUGGAUUUGUGCCCUUCUGAUGUAGGCUGGUAGUGUGCUGCUGUGCGAGCCUGCCAGGGAGGUGAGAGAGAUGCAUGGCUCUAACAUGCACCUUGAGUGUUGGGGAAUGGCUUGUGUUAACUAAAACUGCUUUGCACCGGGUGUUGGCAGGUUAGUGAGGGUUUUCUAAUUGCAGUUACUUACACAAAAUCUCCAAACAAGUUUGGAGAACACUGGUAUUUGGAGUUACUUUCCUUAAUUCUACUGCUUUUCUCACUGGCUGUUUGACUUCUGCUGAAAAAAAUCUGCUUGGUAGAAUAGGUUUUACUUUUACCUUGUUGCCUGAAUAAAAGGUUUCUCAGUUGA